AUCUGUAAUUGUUUCCGGACUCUCCCUCUUACACUCCAAAAUCAUGGGUUCUCAACCGACAAACGAGACGUCAUGGUCGGCACAAGCAGUCAUCUCCAGCCUCCCUCACCCCCCGUUUGAAAAUGGCCCCUCCCCUGUACCAUUUUUCCACCUCCUAGAGCGCCUUAAGACAACGAAACGGGAAGGCUGGCGCCGAUUUGAUAUUAACCAUGGCGAAUCUAUCUCGGACCAUAUGUAUCGCAUGGCAAUAAUGACCAUGCUCGCACCGCCAUCUCUUGCUCGGAAGCUUAACAUACCACACUGCACGAAAAUGGCGCUGAUUCACGAUAUGGCCGAGUCGGUAGUCGGAGACAUAACACCGGUUGAUACCGAGGUGACAAAGGCCGAGAAAGCGCGGCGAGAGGCUGAGGUCAUGGAAUAUAUUUCUAAAACGCUGCUGGGCGGGGUGUAUGGCGGUUCAGCGGGAGAGAAAAUGCAGGCGAUUUUCCAGGAAUAUGAAGAUAACGAGACCCUGGAAGCGAAAUUCGUUCACGAUAUCGACAAGAUGGAAUUACUGCUGCAAGCGAUAGAAUAUGAACGGACGCAUGGCGGCAAGAUCCAAUUAACCGAGUUCUAUGGCGUUAUGAAGCGCAUCCAACUUCCGGAGGUGAAAGAAUGGGCGGAAGCGGUGAUGAAAGAACGUGAAGCGUUCUGGGCGGACAAAGGCGGCGCACCGCCCCUCCAAUGAUCUUGACGAGUUUCCUUUUCAUUUUUGACCUACGAUUGGAUGAGAGGAUGACAAAAUGAUAGAAGUCAUUCCUGUGCGUUUUUGGCGGCGAAUGAAAUCGGGUUGGUGUUAAUGGUCAAUUUGGUAGAGUGGGAAGCAGGCCCCGAUGGCCAUCUAAUUUUCUCUUUUUCAGCACGACUCUAUUUGUCAUGGCUCAUUAAUAGAUUUCUUUCGUCAAAAGCUGAAGUUAGACGAUAUUCUGUCUGUACCCUUCUAUGUAGAUAUGGAGCCUCGUUCAGCCAUAAGAA